AUGACAGCGCUUAUCACACAACCAAGAAGUAGGACGAGUUGCAUCCUCGCGCUACUGUCAUUUGCAGACGGAGUACAGCUCUCGCCGCUUUUGUUCAGCCAUCGCGCCCCGUGCUGCUAGCUAGUCAACAAUGGUUUCUAUCAUUUCAGACCUGGACCCACUGAAAAACUGGAACGUGUUAAGGCAGGAGGCCAGUGACCUCUCUGGACCCAUACAGAGUAACGGCACGGCCGGGAAGAUGAACGGUGCGUUGGAGCAUUCGGACCAGCCCGACCCAGACGCCAUCAAGAUGUUCGUGGGCCAGAUCCCUCGCUCCUGGUCAGAGAAGGAGCUGAAGGAGCUGUUUGAUCCCUACGGCGCCGUCUAUCAGAUCAACAUCCUCCGAGACCGCAGCCAGAACCCUCCACAGAGCAAAGGGUGCUGUUUUGUCACGUUUUACACACGGAAAGCUGCCCUUGAAGCCCAGAACGCACUGCAUAACAUAAAGACCUUAACAGGGAUGCACCAUCCCAUUCAGAUGAAGCCUGCAGACAGUGAGAAGUCAAACGCGGUGGAGGACAGGAAGCUGUUCAUCGGCAUGGUGUCGAAGAAGUGCAAUGAGAACGACAUCCGAGUCAUGUUCUCUGCGUUCGGACAGAUCGAGGAGUGCCGGAUCCUGCGAGGGCCCGACGGUCUCAGCAGAGGAUGUGCGUUUGUCACGUUUUCUACCAGGGCUAUGGCACAGAAUGCAAUCAAAGCCAUGCACCAGUCUCAGACUAUGGAGGGCUGCUCGUCUCCCAUCGUGGUGAAGUUUGCCGACACGCAGAAGGACAAGGAGCAGCGGCGCCUGCAGCAGCAGCUGGCUCAGCAGAUGCAGCAGCUCAACAACGCCACCACCUGGGGGAGUCUGACAGGGCUGGGCGGCCUCACCCCGCAGUAUCUGGCUUUGCUCCAGCAGGCCACCUCCUCCAGUAACCUUGGAGCCUUCAGUGGGAUCCAACAGAUGGCAGGUAUGAGUGCUCUGCAGUUGCAGAACCUGGCCACUUUAGCAGCGGCGGCAGCGGCGGCCCAAAACUCAGCCGGCCCCAACGCAAACCCCCUGUCCUCCAACGUGGCCUCCCUCGGAGCGCUGGCCAGCCCAGCGGGCACCACAGCCAACUCCUCGGGCAUGAACUCUCUGACCUCUCUGGGCACUCUGCAGGGCCUGGCUGGCGCCACCAUGGGUCUGAACAACAUUAAUGCACUAGCAGGUAGCGUCAACAUUGCACAAAUGCUCUCAGGUAUGGCGGCCCUGAACGGAGGCCUGGGCGGCGCGGGGCUGACCAACGGCACGGCGGGCACCAUGGACGCGCUCACACAGGCCUACUCAGGGAUCCAGCAGUAUGCAGCCGCAGCCCUGCCCACCCUCUACAGCCAGUCCCUGCUGCAGCAGCAAGGUGCCGCCGGCAGCCAGAAAGAGGGGCCUGAAGGUGCCAACCUGUUCAUCUACCACCUGCCCCAGGAGUUUGGGGACCAGGAUAUCCUGCAGAUGUUCAUGCCUUUUGGAAACGUGGUCUCUGCCAAAGUCUUCAUUGACAAACAGACAAACCUGAGCAAGUGCUUCGGCUUCGUCAGCUAUGACAAUCCCGUGUCGGCGCAGGCAGCCAUCCAGGCCAUGAAUGGCUUCCAGAUCGGCAUGAAGAGGCUGAAGGUGCAGCUCAAGCGCUCCAAGAACGACAGCAAACCAUACUGAUCUUAGCACUAGGGCCUAUCUGCUCCCAUGUUACCACUGCUAGG